GAUUCUUCUUCGGUCUCGGCUUACGGCCAAAACACUCGGUAAAGAAAGAGCAAUGCCUGUUCUCGUUUCACCUCGACCGAUCGAGCAAAGAUCGAGCGAGCGAUAAAGUCGGCGUCUUUAUCGGUAUAGGAUGGAUCAAUACGACACUCCGCUGCAUGGCUUGCUUCGCCAAGUAAACUCACAUCUUCACCAUGCAAAUCAAUUCCUCCACGUGCGGGAGCAGGGCAUGAGCGUGGCCGGGAUCUACAAUCAAUAGCCAAGACGACUGAGGUAUAAGUAUUGUGCCCUAUCGCUGUGAGGAUGAUUGUGUUCAAUCUUGUCUUGCUCGUGCCUGUCCUAGUCUGUUGUUGUUGCUUACUGUCCAAUUCUUUGCUCUACCAACAUGGCAUCUACUAUUGGUCUGGUCGCCGGUCUUGCGGCUUUGAAUGUUGUGGCUGCUAUGCCGUUCACUAUUCCUUAUCUGGAUAAGAGUGGUCGUGUUGAGGUUCAAGGUCACCGUGGUGGUCUGAGUAUGAGGACUGAAGAAUCACUUUGGGCAUUUGCUCAUGCUUUGGAAGUCGGAGUUGAUGUGCUCGAGAUGGAUACUGUCUUCACCAGUGAUGGUGUUCCUGUCAUUUGGCACGACCAUUGGAUCUACCCCACCAAGUGCACUGGAGAAUACGUCAACCAAUACAUUGCAAACUUGACUCUGGCACAAGUCAAGACUCUGGAUUGUUCGCUUCAGCUUGCAGCUCAGCCUCAACAAGAACUACACCCUGGAACCACCAUUGCAACUCUAGAAGAAGUUCUUGAGCUAGUAAAAUGUUACGGCGACGAAGGUGUUACGAUUAAUCUCGAAACCAAACUCUCGCCCACGGCACCGAACGAAACCCUAUCCGUGGACACCUACAUCACGGACUUGAUCCCUAUCCUUCAGAAGCACGGUUUCGAGUCCCGUACAUCGAUUCAAUCUUUCGACUGGCGCACUCUCGUCGGCAUCCAUGCCGCUUAUCCCGAAGUCACUAUCGUGGCUCUUCUAGACGAAACAACAGUUGUGCCCGAUGAGACCAACAUGACCUACCCCUGGCUCGAGAACAGCGUCUACCCAUGGCUCGGGGGCGUUGACCUCGACACCUUCUCUGGCGACUGGGUAGCAGCUGCCCACUCAAUUGGCGCAUCUAUCCUUUCUCCUAACCAUGGCACUGGCAAUGCCAGUGACGCUACAGUGAACACACCUGAUUACGUCCCUUUUACGACAAAGGAUGUUGUGGACAGAGCACAUGGCUUGGGUAUGCAGGUUAUUCCUUGGACUGUGGAUGCUGAGGUCACGAUCAGCAAAUUGCUUGGUGAUGGCGUGGAUGCCAUUAUUAGCAACUAUCCUGAGAGAGUGAUGUAUGUCGGCAGACAAAGAGGAUUGAGUGUCGGAAGGGCUAGAAACCCGAGUAAGCCGGAGUGUUUGGUCAAUGCAUCUGCAUGAGGAUGUUUUGAAGGUGUUAUGAUUGUUAAAAAUGUUGUUUUCAGCCACUUCAAAGAACGUUUCUCUAUCAGCA